AUGGUUCAUUCUAUAUAUCAUUUAUAAUCACUAAAAAUAUUACAAUUAUUAAUUAACAAAAAACAAUUCCAACUAUCUAAAAAUUUUAUCAUUACAAAUAUUUCUUAUUCAAAAAAAUUCAUCAACGUUUUGUUUUUAAUGAAAAAUAUUUACACCUUGUUGUAUCUAUAUUAAAAGAAUAAUGAUUAAAAUAAUUUAUCAUCAGAGCUAAAGAAGUUGCAUACUUGAUUGAACAAUUAUGGCAUCAAAGAACUAAUGAUUAAAAAUCCAAAUAACAAAAGUUAUUGAUAGUUACAAUUGUUCUGGUGGUUUAUCUUUAAAAUAAGCAAAUAAAUUUAAUCAUCUUUUACAUAUAAACAUUGAUCAAAUUAAAUUAUAAAAUUUACAUAUUAAUUGAUUUAUUUACUAAAAAACCAAUCAAAACUCAACUUAAUAAUUUUCUUUAAAUUUUGAAUAUAUGA